AGUCAGUUUAGGAGACAGUACUGAGGCAUUAUUUCACACCAGCUACCAACCACCGCUAACUUUUUCUUAUCUCUCCCCCAACCUUGACCUCUAUAUAACACAACAUCUAGCUAGUAAUUGGUUCAAUCAGCACUCACUAGAGAACCAAUCACUUUUUCUCCUUCCUGAAAUGGCUUUCAAAGCCAUUCUUCUUCUGAGCAUUUUUCUUGUGGUCUCCACUAAGGUUUUUUCCCAUGAUGAAGAUCUCAAGAUAGUGGUGAACUAUGCAAUUCCUUCAGUUCCUGCUCCUCCCUCACCAGUAAAACCACCAACUCCUUCAACUCCAGCAGUGACAGUUCCCACUCCACCUCUAGUGAAGGCACCAACUCCACCACCACAACCACCCGUGAAGGCACCUUCUCCUCCCAUAGUGAAAUCACCACCUUACUUUCCACCACCAGUGAAGGCACCUUCUCCCCCCAUAGUGAAAUCACCACCAGUGAAGGCACCAACUCCUCCCAUAGUGAAAUCACCUCCUUCCUAUCCACCACCAGUGAAGGCACCUUCUCCUCCCAUAGUGAAAUCACCACCAGUGAAGGCACCAACUCCUCCCAUAGUGAAAUCACCUCCUUACUAUCCACCACCAGUGAAGGCACCAACUCCUCCCCAAGUGAAAACACCUCCUCCUCAUCCUCCUGUAGUGAAGCCCCCUGUUGCUCCAAUUCCAUCAACUCCCAUAGUCAAAUCAAUGAAGGAUUGCAUUCCACUAUGUAAUUAUAGGUGCCAAUUACACUCAAGGAAGAAUAUGUGCACUAGAGCAUGCAUGACAUGCUGUGACCGCUGCAAAUGUGUCCCUCCAGGAACAUAUGGUAACCGGGAAAAAUGUGGCAAGUGCUACACUGAUAUGUUAACUCAUGGCAAUAAGUACAAGUGCCCAUAGAUCCUAGAUGCUAUCUAAUACCUAUGCUUUUGUAAUAGUAGUAAUUGUAUUUGAAUUAUUAUGCGGUUUAAAGUUCUAUAGUAUAUUUAUUGCAGAGUGAUCAGCAUUAAAUUAUGCAAGUUACUAUGGUGUUAAUCAAUUACUAGUACAAAGCAGAUUGUAGGGUCUAUGGGAUACAUAUAUACAAUGUGGUCCUAGAAGGAGUUCAGUUCAUGCUCUUAUGAUCAAUACAUGGAAAUAUUUGCUUUCGAAAUUCAGAUGAACAUGAUAUCGAUAAAUUUGAUUC